CAUGUGGUGAUUCAACAGAAAGGAAUCGGGAAUUAUUUGAAAAGAGCUCCGCGUGACAAGUGACGCGCGUUUGCUUGUGUCCGCGAGCCUGCUCUUGGAAGUCGGAGGGAAUACAACCGCUAGCGCUCGAGCGGGCCAGCGGCAUCAACAGCCGGCCUUGGACAUUUAUGUCGGAUUAAGAGCAACGAAAAGAGCACGCAUUUAAGUUGCUCUAUCACCUUUGUUUAAGGUGGUAAUGCAGUUUGUAUUUCUCUUGUGAAGAAAUAAGGGAAGGCUAGCAGAAAGCUUUGCAACACCUUUGUUCGUUCUUUCGAGCUGCCGCCCUGUGCCUCCAUCCUAGUUGACGCUACUCGUUCCGAGGAAGGCAACAAAUGCAGGGACAGAAAAGGGAAUAGGGAUAAACCGACACACGUAUAUGGAUAAAGUGCACAUGGAUUUAGUUCAUCCUUCUCAAAACCUUGAGCAGAAGUCCAGGAAGUUCCUGAAAAGUCUGACCCGUAAAGAACCGUGUGAAUUGCUUUUGGUGAUUGGAACUGGAGUGAGUGCUGCUGUUGCACCACAUAUACCUGCAUUGUGCUCAUGGCGAAGUUGUAUCGAAGCGGUAAUCAAUGCAGCAGAAGAUCUGGAGGUGCUUCAUCCUUCUGAUAUUACAGAGUUCCGUCAUAAACUAACAGAAGACCGUGACCUCCUUGUGCUCGCCCAUGAUCUGAUCCGGAAAAUGUCACCACGCACUGGAGAUACAAAGCCAAAUUUUUUCCAGGAUUGUCUAAUGGAAGUGUUUGAUAAUCUUAACUGUCACAUUCGGAAUCCCAUGCUCUUGGAUGCUAUUCUCCAAUUAAUGGAUAGGGGAACAAUGGUUCUCACCACAAAUUAUGAUAACCUGCUUGAAAUUUUUGGUCAACAGCAAGGCAAGCCAAUGGAAUCCGUAGACUUGAAGUGCAAGGACAAGGUGGUUCAGUGGGCCAGAGGACUACAGAAAUACAGUGUCCUUCAUAUACAUGGACUAUUCACAGAUCCUUGUGGUCUGGUGUUGGAUCCAUCAGGAUACAAGGAUGUAAUGCAUGAUCAAGAUUUGAUGGAAGAAUUUCAGGACCUGUACCGUACCAAGUCAUUUGUAUUUUUGGGCUGUGGAGAAACUCUGCGUGAUCAGAUCUUUCAAGCACUAUUUUUGUAUUCUGUUCAAGACAAAAUGGACCUGGAGCACUUCAUGCUCGUGCGAAAGGAUAGCCAUGAUCAUUUCUUUAAGUUGCAGGCAGAGAUGCUGCUGCACGGGAUUAAAAUAGUAUCCUACGGUGACCAAUUUGAAUGUAUGCCUCAGUAUUUCCAUGACUUGGUGGCACAGAUUUGCAGGAGGAAGAGCCCAGAUGGUUCUUCUGCAGAUAGUACAAGUCCAAUAUUAGGAGCAUCUUGUUCGGAUUGUGUAAAGCGGAAAAAAGAAGAAAAUGGUGAUGUAACUCAAAAAAGGAUCCGAAAAGCAAAUGAUACAGAUUUUGGAGGAUCAUAAAUUGUCCCAAUAAAGCACCUUCACCAAAGUGCCAUAUCCCAAUCCAUGAUGUCGCAUCAAAAUGGGACUGAAAACUUUAUUCGCAUCAGCACAAGUUGAUGGGUACCGCCGUAGAAUAAGAACAGUACUUUGUAACUGUUGAGCAGUUGUUACAACCAUUAAAUGCAAAUCAGUG